AUGCCACGAAUGAUGGCCAUGUCCAAGGGUGUCUCAACCAUGAUCCAUAACAGAUCAAAAGAUAGGAAACAUAUUGCGACUCGCAAUAGAGACCCCAGUACAUGGGUUGAUGAUUUAAUCAACUUUUUUCUUGAAAAUCCAGAUCUGCCUCCAGAUGUCCCGUACGUUUACCCAUCGAAAAGGAAUUCAGAGCUCUCCACGACAUUGUCUGAAUCAUAA